UAACGGGGCGGGCCCGGGAAGUUGCCGCCAUGUUGGCGGCGCCGUUGCGCUGCGCCCGCAGGUGCACGUUUCURACGGGGAUCGCAGCCAUGGCCACGGCGGGGACACCCGGCUCCCCUUGUCACACCAACCGCCUGAUUAAUGAGAAGUCCCCGUACCUCCUGCAGCAUGCCCACAACCCUGUGGAUUGGUACCCUUGGGGUCAGGAAGCCUUUGAUAAAGCAAAGAGAGAAAACAAGCUGAUAUUCCUGUCAGUUGGCUACUCCACCUGCCACUGGUGCCAUGUCAUGGAGGAGGAGUCSUUCAAGAGCAAGGAGAUCGGCGAGAUCAUGAACAAGCACUUUGUGUGCAUCAAAGUGGACCGUGAGGAGCGGCCAGAUGUGGACAAAGUGUACAUGACCUUCGUGCAGGCCACCAGUGGGGGAGGUGGCUGGCCCAUGAGUGUGUGGCUGACUCCAGACCUCAAGCCCUUUGCUGGGGGGACGUAUUUUCCUCCUGAGGAUGGAAUCCACCGUGCUGGCUUUCGGACUGUGCUGCUCCGGAUCGCAGAGCAGUGGAAGGAGAACAAGGAUGCCCUGUUGGAGAGCAGCCAGAGGAUUCUGGAAGCGUUGAGACACACAUGUGAGAUCCGUGUGCAGGGCCAGGAGUCACCCCCACCUGCCAAAGAGGUGAUGGACACGUGCUUCCAGCAGCUCUCCAGAUCCUAUGAUGAGGAGUACGGUGGCUUUUCCAAAUCCCCCAAGUUCCCCACCCCAGUGAAUUUGAAUUUCCUGUUCACAUACUGGGCCCUGCACCGAACAACUCCAGAAGGUGCCCGGGCACUGCAGAUGGCUCUGCACACCCUCAAGAUGAUGGCCCAUGGGGGCAUCCAUGACCACAUCGGUCAGGGAUUUCACCGCUACUCCACUGACCAGCACUGGCACGUCCCUCACUUUGAGAAGAUGCUCUACGACCAGGGGCAGCUGGCAGCCAUGUACUGCAGAGCCUUCCAGAUCUCUGGUGAUAAAUUCUUUGCUGAUGUUGUCCGAGACAUUCUGCUCUAUGUUUCACGGGACCUGAGUGACCAGGCAGGAGGUUUCUACAGUGCAGAAGAUGCAGAUUCCUACCCAACCAGCACAUCUGGAGAGAAGCGAGAAGGAGCUUUCUGUGUGUGGACAGCCGAGGAGCUCCGGGCUCUCCUCCCUGACCCUGUGGAGGGGGCCACAGAGGGAACAACCUUGGGAGAUGUCUUCAUACAUCACUAUGGGGUGCAGGAGGCCGGCAACGUGGACCCCAUGAAGGACCCCCAUCAGGAGCUGAAGGGCAAGAACGUGCUGAUUGCCCGCUGCUCCCCRGAGCUGACAGCAGCACGGUUCGGGCUGGAGCCGGGCCGGCUGGGUGCCCUGCUGCAGGAAUGCCAGCACAGGCUGUCCACAGCCCGGGCACAGCGGCCACGGCCACACCUGGACACCAAGAUGCUGGCAGCGUGGAAUGGGCUGAUGAUCUCAGGCUUUGCCCAGGCUGGGGCUGCCCUGGCCGAGCAGGGGUAYGUGAGCAGGGCUGCACAGGCAGCUGCCUUCCUGAGGACACAUCUUUUCGAUCCCGACAGCGGGAGGCUGCUGCGGAGCUGCUACAGGGGCAAGGACAACUCAGUGGAGCAGAGCACUGUGCCCAUCCAGGGSUUCCUGGAGGACUAUGUCUUUGUCAUCCAGGCACUCUUUGACCUCUAUGAAGCCUCGCUGGAGCAGGGCUGGCUGGAGUGGGCCCUGCACCUCCAGCACAUGCAAGACAAGCUCUUCUGGGACCCCAAAGGCUUUGCUUAUUUCUCCACUGAGGGUGGYGAUCCCUCCGUGCUCCUGCGCCUGAAGGAUGACCAGGAUGGAGCAGAGCCCACCCCCAACUCUGUCACUGUCACAAACCUGCUCCGAGCAGCUUGUUACUCCGGUCACAUGGACUGGGUGGAAAAAGCUGGGAAGAUCUUGGCAGCCUUCUCAAAGAGGCUGCAGAAGAUCCCGAUAACGCUGCCAGAGAUGGCCCGAGCCACUGCUCUCUUCCAUCACACCCUCAAACAGAUUGUCAUCUGUGGGGACCCCCAAGGAGAAGACACCAAAGAGAUGUUGCGCUGYGUCCGCUCUGUCUUCAGCCCAAACAAGGUGCUGAUGGUCGCGGAUGGAGACAGUGCUGGGUUCCUCUACCGCCAGUUGCCUUUCCUCGCAUCCYUGGAGAGGAAGGAUGGCAAAGCCACCGCCUACGUCUGCAGCAACUUCACCUGCUCCCUGCCUGUCACCUCGGUGCAGGAGCUGCGUGGGAUGCUCAGCCCGUGAGCCCCUCGGUCCCACUGCCCACAGGAAGGCGAGAGUGGGACAGAUCAGCACGGGAACACGGGAGAACCCCA